GAUGGAAAAGGGACCACGAUGCGGAAGUAAAGCGUUUCUGUACAAAAGCCCCACCUAAAGUUGGUGUUGCAGUCCGCCAAAAAAACACAAAGAAGAAGCGACGCUCUCCUUUCUUCCCGCUCUCAUUCGACCGGCUCAUCAUCAGCUACUUUACUCCUGUUAGUGAAAGCUACACUAAAGAUGUCUGACGAGGGUAAAUUAUUCGUUGGAGGACUGAGUUUUGAUACCAACGAGGAGUCUCUGGCCGCGGCCUUCGGCAAAUUUGGAACCAUCGAAAAAGUAGAUGUGAUCAAAGACAGAGAGUCAGGCAAUUCUCGCGGUUUUGGCUUUGUGAAAUACGAGAAUUCAGAAGAUGCUAAAGAUGCCAUGGAAGCUAUGAACGGGAAAACUCUGGAUGGUCGUGCCAUUCGGGUGGAUGAAGCAGGAAAGGGCGGUGGACGGUCUGGAGGAGGUUUCGGAUCGGCCCCGAGAGGACAACGAGGUGGAUACGGCGGGCGUGGGAGAGGAGGUGGAGGAUACUAUGGAGACAGGAGUUACGGUGACAGGAGUGACCGAGGCUACAGUAAUGAGGGGAGAUACGGUGGCGGCGGCGGUGGUGGUGGUGGCGGCCAAUACAGAAGUGGUGGAUCCAGAGACAAUAGGGGUCAGGGUGGAUAUGGAUACCGUGAUCAACACGACUAUGCGGAGUAAAAAUCUCCCUGAUUCACGAUCAUUCCUUGACUGGCCGUAUUUCACAUGCGCUCCUCGAGAAAAAUGUCCGUGUUAUUGCUGACCUUAGUUUUGUAGUUUUGUUGUAUUAACGUUAGCUAAGCUCAAGCAUCUUAAAAUGUACCUUUUGAUUUUUUGAUCAUUCCUCAAUAAACAAUGUUACUAAUUACA